AUGGCAAAGGGUAAAAAAGCUACCAGCAAGCUCCCCAAAAAAGAGGUGCGAAGAAUCGAGGAAAUUACACGUCAAACGGACGGUCGAGUUCCGCUACCUGGAAUCGAAACAGGAUUUGAAGAAUAUGGGACCGAAAGCGGCGACAGAACACAUGCAGAACAGUCUCAAUUCAAACCUUAUGAGGCCAGUUUGAGCACAAAGCAGAAAUACCGGUUUCACCGCGAUACGGGCCAAAUGCGUUCAUUUUUCGGUGAUGUGCGUUUUGGACAUAGAAGUACCAUAAUGGACGACCUGGUCAAUGCUUCGCUCACAGAAUCUUCCUUCAAGGGCUCGGGCUGGGGCAAAAUCAAGUCGCAAUCGCAAGAAAAGAACGGUGACGGCUCCGGAAGCGACGAAAAGGUCACUUCUGUGGUGUUUUUCAAUUUCUCCGGGUUCUACGUGUUGUUCUGGAUGAUUGUGGCAUUCAUAGUGCUGAGAGUCGGGGUGGACUACUACAUUUCUCAUAACGGAGACCUUUCCCAAUCUGAAAUUCUCAAAUUUAUGACCACAGAUAUCGUAUCCGUUGCGCUCAUUGAUUUGGCCAUGUAUCUAAGCACUUUCUUUGUGCUAUUUGUGCACUUGGCAGUCAAAAAUGGGUGGAUUGCAUGGAAGCGUACUGGCCGGUAUCUCACUUACAGUUACGAAGUUGCGUUUCUCUGGACCUUCCUGUACGUGGCAGAGACCGUGAUGAAAUUUCAUUGGCUUUCCAAGAUCUUCAUAUUCCUGCAUUCUCUUGUUUUGCUGAUGAAAAUGCACUCCUUUGCUUCGUACAAUGGGUACUUGUGGGGUAUUCUUGAAGAGCUCGAAUUUUCGAAAAGCACACUGGCUAAAGCCAAAGAUAUCAACAUCCAGGACAAUUUCAGAACUGUCCUGGAGAAAAGCUGCGAGUUCUGCCAGUACGAACUCGACUUGCAGUCUAUUACCGUCAAGUUCCCAGCCAACAUAAAUUUCAAAAAUUUCUUUGAGUACAGUAUGUUUCCAACUUUGGUUUACCAGGUGGAAUAUCCAAGAACUGAAAAGAUUAGAUGGUCUUAUGUGUUUGAGAAACUGUGUGCAAUCUUUGGAGUCAUUUUGGUUAUGAUGAUCAUAGCUCAAUUUUUCAUGUACCCAAUCGCGAUGCGCGCUAUGGCAGUCAGAGACAUAGGGAUGCCUAUUUUUUGGGAUCGCAUCUUUGAAUGGCUGUACUUGUUUUUGAAACUCGUUCCCAGCUUUAUAAUGAUGUACCUCAUGGUAUGGUACUUGAUCUGGGACGCGAUCUUGAACUGUAUCGCAGAGCUGACACGGUUUGGAGAUCGGUAUUUCUACGGCGACUGGUGGAACUGUGUGUCGUGGGACGAAUUCAGUCGUCAAUGGAACGUUCCGGUCCACAAGUUUCUGUUGAGGCAUGUUUAUCACAGUUCAAUCAGUUUCCUGCACUUGAACAAGAUGCAGGCCACUUUGAUGACUUUCUUGCUAAGCUCGGUUGUGCACGAAUUGGCAAUGUACGUGCUAUUUGGCAAGCUCAGGCUGUACUUAUUUACUCUUCAAAUGGCCCAAAUUCCCUUGGUGCAGCUAGGAAACUCCAGGUUCUUGAAGUCUAAAAAAAUACUGGGAAAUGCUAUUUUUUGGCUCGGUAUAUGCACCGGUCCCAGCAUGAUGUGCACAUUGUACUUGACAUUUUGA